AUGCCUGCCCAGGAAUUCGCGUUCAGAGAAGGUGGCAGCGUCCUGUCCCCCAAGGACAUGCUGGAGCUGCCACGGUCCGGCGCCGCUGUGGCCAACCCAUCGGGCGACCUUGCGAUUGUCCCGAUCAGCAAGUACUCUUUUGCGGACAAAAAGAACGUGAAAUCUCUUGCCGUUAUUGGUCUCGAGGCUGGCCAAGCAUCCCUCUCCAUCCCUCUCCCUGACGGUGGCGAAGCUUUCUGGCUCGAUGACCGCACUCUCGCUCACAUCGUUGAGGCUGGCGCGGACGACGCGAAACGCCAGGACGUCCGCGUCAUCCCGCUCACCUCCUUCGGCGACAAGUUCACCGCUGGCCAAGCUCAGGUGGUGGGAUCCUUCCCCGUCACGACCGCGACCAACUUCCGCUAUGUUGGCAAGGCGGGACGCGUCGUCUUCUCCGCGUACGUCCACGCCGAUGGAGACCUCAAAACGGUGGCCAAACAGGACAAGGCAUACGAAGAGCGAGGCAACACCGCGCUCGUAUAUGAUGAGACUUUUGAGAGACACUGGGACCAUUGGGUUGGGCCAACGCACCUGUCACUGUUCAGCGUGUCGCUCGCGAAGGAUGGUGAGACGUGGGUGAUGGGUACCGAGUUCAUUAAUGCGCUCAAAAACACCCCGCACAGCUCUCCUGUUGAGCCAUUCGGUGGUACAGACGACUUCGACGUGUCGAGCACGCAUAUAGUCUACACGACCAAGGAUCCUGAGCUCCCUCAAGCGGUCCACACCAAACAGAAUGUCUACAUCGUUCCUUUCGACGGCUCAAAGGUCACCGAGUUGACCUCAGGCAAGCAAGGCGCGACCCAUAGUCCCGUAUUCAACAAGCAGGGCGACAAGAUUGCCUGGACUGAACUUGACGAGGAUGGCUACGAAACGGACAAAGCGAAGAUUGUCAUCUUCGACCUCACCAAGAACGUCCGCUACACGCUUACUCAAUCUUGGGAUAGGUCGGCAGAUAGUCUUGCUUUCUCUGAACAAGGCGACUUCCUCUACCUGACUGCCGGCGACGAAGCGCGCGUCAAGAUCCUCACGGUUCCUCUCCCCGAGACACCGAGCACAUCGACAACGCACCCCGAUCUCUCCAUUCACUUCACGCCUCGCGCGCUCACGCAGUCUGGCGCCGCGUCCGGCCUGCAGAUCCUCCCCGGCAACCGCGCCCUCUUCAGCCAGUCCUCCUACCUCGGGCCCAACGACGCGUAUAUCAUCCGCAAGCUGGACAGCGUCGAGGACAUGAUCCGGCAGCAGUCGUCCGCGUCUCCCACUGUGGUGCAGGCCGAGGUCGAGCGCCUGACGAGCCACGCGGCGGAGGGCCUGCAGGGCAAGUAUCUCGCGCCGGGCGAAGACUUCCGGUUCAAGGGUGCGGACGACGUCGAGAUCCAGGGAUGGAUUCUCAAGCCGGAGGGCUUUGCCAAGGAGGACAAGAAGAAAUGGGCGCCGCUGUUGCUUAUUCACGGCGGCCCGCAGAGCGCAUGGCAGGACCAGUGGUCGACGAGGUGGAACCCCAACGUGUUUACAAACCAGGGAUACUUCGUUGUCGCCAUUAAUCCGUCCGGAUCGACGACUUUUGGGCAGAACUUGACCGACGCUAUCACGGGCGACUGGGGAGGAAAGCCCUUCGUCGAUCUCCGUAAGGGCUGGCAGUACAUUCUCGACAACUAUCCUCAGAUUGAUCCCGACCGUGCUGUCGCUGCCGGUGCCAGUUGGGGCGGCUACGCCAUCAACUGGAUCCAAAGCAACCCCGACUUCGGAUUCAACUUCAAAGCGCUGGUCUGCCACGACGGUGUGUUCGACGCCCAGUACAACGGCUACUCAACCGAUGAGCUCUUCUUCUUCAACCACGACUGGUCCGGCAGGCCAUGGGACCCGCAGACGAAGAAGUUGAUUGAAAAGUACUCCCCGGCGAACCACAUCGAGAAGUGGUCGACGCCGCAGCUGCUCAUCCACGGGAGCAAAGACUACCGGCUGCCCGAGACGGAGAGCAUCGGCGUCUUCCAUACCCUCCAGCAGCUCGGCAUCACCACCCGCCUGGUGAUCUUCCCCGACGAGAACCACUGGGUGCUCAAGCAGGGUAACAGUUUGAAGUGGCACUACGAGGUGUUCAGGUGGUUCGACCAGUUCGUCGGGAGUAAAUAA